AAACCAGAGAAGAGAGAAAUGAAUUGUUGAGAGAAGUUAGCCCUUUGUCAGAGCGAAUUUACAUUAUCGACUUAGUUGAUAAAACCAAAAUUACUUUGGCUAGACCAGUUCGGUACAACUUCCUUGUUUCAAGUAAACCUACUGCAUGGCAUACCCACAAAAGAGUGAAGAAGACCAAAAUCUCAAUUUCGAGUCAUAACUGAAGGCUCUCUUUACCCAUGUAACGCCGAGUUGCCGGCUGUGGGGAACUGUACCUUCAUGGAAUACUACUGUAGCUUACGAAACUACGAAUCAACAUUCUUCAAGGCGAUGAAGGAAGAGACUUCCGCAGAUUGUGGGCUCCAAUUCUGGAUUUUAUUUUAUCGCUCCAUCGAGAAAUCAAGGAAAUGUUCGAAAACUAGACCAGAAUCAAAAGUGGCUGACAUUGAGGAAAUGAGAUCGCUUUACUGCAGCGGGAAAGACUUAGAGAUACCGCUUGUUUCUUCGCUGUCCUUGUGUUCUCCCAAACACAAGAGCCGAGUUGAUGCAUGCAUUCGUGACUAUGCGGUUACGUUUUCCAGGGACCCGAACGACAAAUCACUGUGCAGUAAACGUGGAGAAGCUAGGAUUUGUGUGAAAAUGGCAUGGCGUAACUAUUGCACCCUGAAUAUCACAGCUACGUCCACGGGGAUAUUCGAAAAUGUUACCACUAAGUUUAACCCAUUUUGUGAUGGAGAGAGAGAUGCAUGGGCUUCAGGAGAAGAUCAGUGCAUGCAAUACUAUGAAGACCCCAUUCAGUCUACUUCGCCUACUCAGCCGGUUUGUAGCAGAGUAGGACGCCGCGAGUAUUCCAUGACUGUUCUUGGUCUCUUUGGCAGAAUCUUUGGCUUUAUGCUCUUGCACUUUGUGUUCGGGAGUAAUUAAAACCUAGCGCAUGUGGACUAUCGUUAACAUAGUGCCAAUCAAUUCAUUUGGAUAGAUAGAUACUUUUAGAUAGAUAGAUACAGAAGACUAGGUGACCGAUUCCGAGAACACCUUCACGACGUGGAGAGGAAUGGCAGGGACACAUCAAA